AUGAGUUCCACCAGUACUCAGCUGCCAGUUCGGCCGAGCACGCGCGGUGCUCAGGCUGAUCGACCUCCUCAAUCUUCAUCUCCGUCCCACGACUCCGAUUCCAGUGACGGCAGCAAGUACUCGGACUUGAUGUCCGAGUCUCCCGAGACUCCGACCCCGGCUCCGAGAUGCAGCGAGCCAAGCGCCCAGCCGGCCAUCGAACCCCUCUCUGACAGCGCGGCCUCACCAGUGCCGGCAGCACCCAGCAGACCUGUCCGGAGGCGCUUGUUUCCCGACGCCCCCAGCAGCGGAGAUCGGACGCGGCCGUUUCUUCCGGUGAGAUCGGAGCCCCGUGCUGCUGCUGCCGCCGACUCUACGGCUCCGUCUUCAUCCGGGUGGUACACUUCGGCCACUUUUGUGGGCGCGGACCCGCCUCGCUCGACGCUUCUUCCCGGGUCCGUCACGACUCCGGCAGAUUUCUGGCUCUCGUGGUGGUCGUGGUGGCGGUCGUGCGGGUGCGAGUGUUUGGGUUGCGGUGUCGAAUCGUCCCGAGAACUCCUGUCGGGACCACGUGGCGGUACUCUGGGGGUACUUCACCAGACACUGGUCCUGGGCGGAGUGCCGGGUAGUCGAUCGACGGCCCCUGGAUGGCACGAGGAGGGUGGCGCGCCGAGGGAAGGGCCCGGCCCACGGAGGCAGGAGGGUUUUGUGCAGUGGACCAACCCGGUGCCCGAGAGUCCCUUCGUGAUGCGAGAGGGAGCAAGGGGUGCCCACGGGCGCGGUCCCUUCGCCGAGCGCCCCCCGACCCCUCCGCGUCCGCCUCGGCCGGUUUGCCCCCUCUUGCCCUCCGACGGGUACGCGGUCCCCCCCUCGCGCGGAUGGGUUGAGUCGACCGUCAUCGACCGGUCGAACCCAUACGCCGCCUUUCUCCGUGCCAACAAGGAGGUGCUCGCUGGAAACGCCUCCAACGGCGCCGGUCUCUCGCGGACGGGGGCAGCCAAUGGCGCGGAUGGGGAGACGGCGGGCAUGACUUGGGAUAAAGCCCACCGCGCGGCCAUGGCUGAUCCAGCCUACCUCCCUCCCGCGGCUUCUUCCAUCUCCCGGAGCAACCAGACAAUUCUCUUAUCGACCCUGCGUUAUCCCACCGCUCUCCCCAACAACCUGUUCUCCCUGACCCAAAUGGCGCAAAAUAAUUCUUCUGAAAUCACCUUGCGCAAGUUGGAGCCCGCAAUGGCUCGUCAACUGGUCGAGAACGCGCAGUCGGUCGAGUACCAGCUGCUGCAGCGCAAGAUCUCCGAGAACGCCCGCGCUGGUACCCAAGGGUCAGCCGACAACAAGACCACGAUGGACAACGUAAGCACCGUUGCCCAUCUGGAUCCUGACUCGGAUGAGGAUGCCUUCGGGUACUCCGACACCGAGCAGGACGACCAAGACAACGGCAACGGACACGAGAUUCCCGAGGCGGCCGAUGCCAUCGCGUAUUACCCAACGCAUGGCGAUAAUAAUAGCGACCAAUUCUCUCAAGAAAUUGUCGAGGAGGCUUAUGAAGGCCAAUAUUACGACGAUCACGACCUCGACAACAUUAUCAACGACAACGCGGCCAUCAUCCAAAACGACGACCCUCAAAACGGCGCAAUCACGCCGGGCGAAAACAGCAGCUUUGGCUGGGAUGUUGCGCCGACCCCCCACAUCCCCGACGUCGACCCCAUCCACAUGUACAACCCCUUCUACAACCCGGCCGCCGCCUACUGGAGCACCUUCCCAGACGGGCCCUACGUGGACGAGUUCGGCGUCGUGACGGCAGGGCGCCCGAUGGUCAGCCUCCAUAGCGACCCUCCGCUGCCGACCUUCGACACGGACCCGUUCCUCCCCUUCGCCCCCUGGCGCGUCAACCAGCUGCCCGCCUUCCAGCCCGAGACCGCCCACCGCGUCCUCACCGUGCCGGCCGCCUACCUGCCGUGCCUGGGCAGCCUCUACCCGGACGCCACCUUCCUCGUCUCGCGCCACCCGGCCUCGGCCAACUUCACCAUCCGCCUCAAGGGCGCCGCCCUGGCCUCCUCCGUCGCCCUGCACUUCCCCCACCUGACCGACCCGUCUCGCUUGAUGACGAGGACCCGGUCGGUCGCCGCCACUACCACCACCACCACCAACAGCAACAACAACAACAGCAACGGCAGCGAGGGCGAUGACGACGACAACGACAACGACAACGCCGACGACAACGUCGAGAUCGACACGGGCGACAAGUACGUCGUCGCGCUCGUCCAGCGCGACUGGCCGGUCGGGGGCGUCGGCUUCCUGCCCAACACGCCGUCGGCGGCCGAGUUCGUCGACGCCCUGCGCGGGGCCUUCGACGUGCUGCCGGCCGGGCAGGAGGUGUUCUACUUCCUGUCCUGCGACGUCGCCCUUGCCGGGGGUUCCGGCGGAACCGGGCGGGGCGUGUACGUCUGCCGCGCGUACGAGGGCCGCAGGGGCCCCCAGGACGGCCGCAUCGUCGACGCCUGGCUCCGCUGCCAGGGCGCCCGCGGCGUGCCCCAGGACGACCUGGGCAGGGACGUGCUCGCGCGCAUGGGCGAGGCCUGGGUCGAGCCCGACCGCGGGUCGUCCAGGGCGCCUGCUGCUGCUGCUGCUGCUGCUGCGGCGGCGGCGGCGGCGGCGGCGGCGGCGGCGAGGGGAAGGCGGGGAGGGCCGAGGAGGAGGGGUGUGGGGGUGGAAUACGACGACGAGGGUGACGACGACAAUUACGAGGGUUAG